CGCGUACAGCAUCUGGGAAUAUUUACCGACAGUUACAAGUUGAGGAAGUAGUAGCUCGUCGGAGAAAAUGUCGGAAAAGAAAACAAAAGUUGAAGACUGUAUUUUCUGUCUGAUAGCCAACGAUCAAGACAAAGAAACAGAAAUCAUUAAAAAGAACACGGAGCUGGUGUGUUUUAGAGACAUUUUCCCUGCUGCUCCUCACCAUUACCUGGUUGUACCCAUACAGCACAUACACAGCUGCUACUCCCUGCACAGGGGACACACUGGUCUCGUGAAACGGAUGGCUGAGAUGGGGAAAGCUGUCCUACAUGAACAAGGGAUCACUGAUAUGAAUGACAUAAGGCUCGGGUUCCACCAACCUCCUUACACUUCAGUUGAUCACCUCCACCUGCACGUGCUCGCCCCCAGCAGCCAAAUCUCAGAGUACACAGAGUAUAAGUUCCUUCCACAGACCUACCGAUUUUUAACUGAAGAAUGUCUACUGAAGAGAAUAAAGAACAAAUCGUCGACAGGCGUUCUUUUAGAAAGCUGUAUAUUGUCUCUGUGAGCCAGCAGCUCCUAAGCUGGACUUUUAGGAGCUUUAUUGCAGAGGAGCACUAAACAUCUCAGAGGACUGUCUGAACCUGAAUUAGCCACAUGGAGAGGAAGCUUUUACAAGAGCACUCUAAUUGUGCUGGUGUGAUGUUUUACCAAGUUUGGACACUACAGCAAUGACAACCUUACAAACUGACACCUAGAAAGAUCAGAACUAUGAAAGAGUCACUAAAUGAGAUAAUGAAGCAGAUAAACUGUGUGAAAUGUAUUUUUAUUUAUUUAUUUUUAUUGAAAACAAUGGAUUGACUCAACUGAACACUGUGUGUCUGUGUAUAACAGUUUGUUGUUAUAUUUCUUAUUAUUAAAUAAUUUUUACGCAGAAUUUUGUGUGUAUUUGUGUGUAUAGUUACAGCUUGUCCUUUUGUAUCCAUCUCGUAAUCUAGCAUUAAAGGUCCAGUGUGUAACAUUUAGGAGGAUCGCAAUCUAAAUCACACAUUAUAUGCCACUAAAUCCUACACACUCGUCCUUUGAGAAUUACCAUAAGCAUAAUUUCCAAAAUGUCAAAUUAUAUCUUUAAUUAAGCAUUUUAUGUGUACAUAUAUCCACUUGACAGUAAUUAUCAACCACAGCAGUGGUGGAAGAAGUACUCAGAUCU